AUAAAUCACUCUAAUUUCACAAUGCAUGCGAAUGACACGAUCCGAAUCAUUUAGUUUGACUCUUAUAUUUUGGUACAGCAGGUGUUGUGACUCAUUGUGUUUUAUGUUCAACUUAAAGUGACUCCGUAUUCCUUCAAUAUCUUCGACAGUACUGAUUAGUGAUUUAUGGCUAACACAUAAAUCAGACUAUAUGAAAGUCGUGUUUAUAAAAUUUCGUUUAAUAUUCAAACAAUACACGAUAUUUGAGCCGUAUGUUAUUACGAGUAUGUACAUAAACGUACGAAUUUAUUAUGUAAGCCGAAGAGGAAAUUUGAUGCGAUGUUUGUAAUGCGAAAUGAAAGAAAUUGAAGUAUCGCUUAGUCAUUUCAUUUCUGGAAACUGAAGUGAUUUGAUCCACAUACUAUGCUUCCGUUUUUAGUGGUCAUUUUAAUAAUUUUACAUAACAUACAAUCUGCUAAAAGUAGUGUACUGCCUGUGACAUAUGCUACAGGUGAAACAGUAUUCGAUGACUUAUCCCGUAGUGAAGAAAUCGGACAUGAAAAACUUAUUGGAUCCAAAGACUCUGAAGAUCAAAAUGAAGAAAAAAAAGGUUUUGACUUACAAAACAAACGAAUAAACGAAGGCACUAAAAAGCCAUGUGCAGUGGUGGUGCUAUCGAAUAUACAAAACCCGAAUGUUCAGUCGUUGCUUCGGAAAUAUAGAUAUGACGCAAACGGAGUUUUAAUACCAAGCAGUGUGAAAUAUUUCAUCAAACUACCUCAAGGGUUGAGGAAUUCGCCUCUUCUAGUACCAUUAAACGACAAAGCUUUCUCCCCAUUAGGCGGAUUUGUCAGGUAUUACAAGGAAGUCCCUCCAAUACCUCAGUCGUGGUAAUCAAGAUACUAAAAAUUCAAACGGUAAUUUAAGAAAAAUAUUUAUGAUCCAACAGAAUAUGAGACGUUCUGGAAUGAGGAAAGAAAUUAAAAUUGGUUUUCAUUUAUUCGACGAAGCAGACUUGACAUCGGUGACAAUUAUUCAACAUAAUAUAGAAAUAACGCAGCUGUUUUCUCACAUGGAAGUUUUUCAUUGGAAAUGUCAUUAAAAACUCUUGUGGGAACUGAA